CCUUACGUCUCAUUGGACAAUCCCCUUUUUAAAUCGCCAAAAUUCUUAUUCUUCACGACGCACAAACACCGACCUCUCUCGCUUUUCCCCUCUUUUUCUCUCUAUCGAUUCCUCUUCACUUUUCACCUAAACAGACUCCUCUCUCUUCCUCAUCUCUUUCGAUCGAAGAAUCUACACUCCUCACACUUCCGGCGUCGGCGACUCCUCAGGCACCGUCGAUCGUCACCGAUUCCACUGAUGGGUGCGGGAGUGGACACGGAGGGGGAGGUUAGAAGAAUUACUCUGACGAAACCACUAUCUUUGGAGGGAGGAUCGGAUGCGGCCGACUACAGAUCUCCUAACUUGCUCAAACGCAUCCUAAGCCUCUUUAAAGAUAUACGGCCAGGAUCCGAUUUAUCUCACUUCAAGGUGCCCCCACAGUUGAACAUGCCAAAAUCACAACUUCAAUGUUAUGGUGAAUCAGUGUAUUGCUUCAAUGAAGACAUGUUACGGAAAUGCAACAGUGGGAAGAACCCAAUAGACAGAUUUGUGGCUGUGGUUGCAUGGAACAUAUCUACUCUUCGUCCUUUAACUUUUGGUAUUGCUCCCUUCAACCCAAUUCUUGGGGAGACCCAUCAUGCUUCAGCAGGCUCCCUAAAUAUCCUACUUGAGCAGAUUUCACAUCAUCCACCGGUGAGCGCGCUCCAUGCUACCGAUGAAAAGGAAAACCUGGAGAUGAUAUGGUGUCAACUGCCGAAGGCCAAAUUCUAUGGGACAUCAGUAGAGGUGGAAGUCAGUGGUAAGAGAGAGCUGAGACUUGCAAAUCAUAGAGAAACUUAUGUUAUGAAUUCACCAAAUCUCAUGUUCAAAUUCCUUCCAACGCCUGCGGCUGAAUGGAGUGGUAGUAUCAGAAUUGCAUGCCAGGACACUGGUCUUGAAGCUGAGUUACGUUGUAAAGGUCUGUCUUUCUUUGGGUUUGGAGGAAAUGCUAGAUCAAUCAAAGGAAAGAUUUUAGAUAGCUUCUCAUCAAAGCCUCUCUACGAGAUCAAUGGUCAAUGGGACAGAACUGUCACUGUGAAGAACAUCGAGAGCGGUAAAGUUGAAAUCAUAUACAACGCAAAAGACAACAUUUGGAGGCUGAGAACUCCUACAGUUCAAGACCUAAGGAGUGUGUUGCCAAGUGAAUCAGCAGUUGUAUGGAGCGAGGUGAGCCAAGGCAUUAUGAGCAACGACUGGGAAGCAGCAAAAAGAGCAAAGAGAGUCCUGGAAGACAAACAAAGGGAGUUUGCAAGAGAAAUGGCAUCCAGAGGUGAGACAUGGGCUCCCAAGUUUUUUAUUUAUUCUCAUACUAAAGAGGGCGAGUGGGAAUGUACACCUAUUCAAAAGUCAGUCCCUCCAGCCCCCAUUGUUGUACCUAAAUAGCAUAUUCCUUCUCUCAAUAUAUAUAUUUUUUUGUACAA